CCUCACGCAUUUCUGGGCGGCGGAGGCUGGCGGAGGGCGCGGUGGAGGGGGCGCCGGAAGGCCAGCAGCGGCGGCGGCGGCGUCGACGGUGGCGAGCAUGGCCACGGCGGCCUCCAACCCCUACCUGCCCGGCAACAGCCUCCUCUCGGCGGCCGGCGCCAUCGUCCACUCGGACGCCGCGGGCAUGCAGCCGGGCAGCGUGGCCGUCACCUCCGUCGCCGGCGGAGGGGGAGGAGGAGGCGGAGGAGGAGGAGGCGGCGGGGGCGGAGGGGGCAACGGCGGCGCGAACAACGGCAACAACGGAUACCGGGGCGACCCUUCCUCGGUGAAGAUGGUCCAGAGCGACUUCAUGGUCCAGAGCAAUGGCGGCCAUAUGCUGAGCCAUGCCCACCAGUGGGUCACCGCCUUGCCCCACGCCGCCGCCGCCGCUGCGGCCGCCGCAGCCGCAGCCGCCGCCGAAGCCGGGUCGCCGUGGUCCAGCAUGAGCGGCAGCCCGCAACAGCAACAGCAACAACAGCAACAACAGCAGCCCGACGUGAAGGGUGGCGGCGGCGGGCGGGAGGACUUGCUGCACCACCGCCCGCCCCACCUGGGCCCGCCGCCGCCGCCCCCCCACCAGGGCCACUGGGGCGCCAUGGCCGGGCAGCAGCAGCAGCAGCAACCGCAGCAGGCGCCGCUCCUCUACUCGCAGCCCGGCGGCUUCACGGUGAACGGCAUGCUGAGCCCUCCGCCGGGCAGCCAGGGCCUGGGCGUGCACCCGGGCUUGGUGCGCGGAGACACGCCGGAGCUGGGCGAGCACCCGGGCCACCACCACCACCACCAGCACCACCACCACCACCCGCACGCGCACCACGGCGGAGGCGGGGGAGGCGGCGGCGGCGGCGGGGGAGGGGGCCUCAACAGCCACGACCCGCACUCCGACGAGGACACGCCGACCUCCGACGACCUGGAGCAGUUCGCCAAGCAGUUCAAGCAGCGGCGCAUCAAGCUGGGCUUCACGCAGGCCGACGUGGGCCUGGCGCUGGGGACGCUCUACGGCAACGUCUUCUCGCAGACCACCAUCUGCCGCUUCGAGGCCCUGCAGCUGAGCUUCAAGAACAUGUGCAAGCUGAAGCCGCUGCUGAACAAGUGGCUGGAGGAGGCCGACUCCUCCACGGGCAGCCCCACCAGCAUCGACAAGAUCGCGGCGCAGGGCCGGAAGCGCAAGAAGCGGACCUCCAUCGAGGUGAGUGUCAAGGGCGCCCUGGAGAGCCACUUCCUCAAGUGCCCCAAGCCCUCGGCCCAGGAGAUCACCUCGCUGGCCGACAGCCUCCAGCUGGAGAAAGAGGUCGUCCGCGUCUGGUUCUGCAACCGGCGGCAGAAGGAGAAGCGCAUGACCCCGCCGGGCAUCCCGCAGCAGGCGCCCGACGACGUCUACUCCCAGGUCGGGAACGUCAGCGCGGACACGCCGCCCCCGCACCACGGACUCCAGGGCGGCGUGCAGUGAGAGGGAGGCAGGGAGAGAGAGGGAGAGGGAGAAAGGGGCAGGCAGGCACCAAAGGGAAAGAAGGGAGAGAGGGAAAAGGAGAAGGA